UCAAUAUGAAUCUCAUUUCAUGCUGAAAUCACAGAGCGCGCGCGCACGGAACGGAAGACUCGAUGACGCGCAACAUUGUAACAAUAUGAAGAAGAGUUUCGCGCGUUUUUACACGGAUCUUAAGUGAUCUGAACAGGUAAUAGUUGAAGGAAACACGGGACACAAAUCUGCUUUAAAUGACUCGUCAUGAGGGUUUGAUGAGAAACUGUGGAUGUCAAGGCAGACUCCGCGUCUUCUGGAGAAAGUUCAACAUCAGAAUGAAUAGGUUGGUCAGGUAGUGGGUGAACCCCUGAAUGUUGGAGUCCUUGCCAUCAUGACAUCACACACACUUCCGUUGUCGAUAGGCCGUCUGGUCGGGAUGAUCUGGGCUUCAAGCUGGAUCUCAUGGCCACACCUCCUGUGGAUGUUCUGGGCGUGGCUGAGCCCAUGUUCCUGGGCCCACCAACAAACACACCCACAUUCUAUCAAGAUCCCUGGGGACAUCACCUUGGGGGGGCUUUUUCCAGUCCACGCCAGAGGCCCUGCGGGAGUCGCGUGCGGGGAAAUCAAGAAGGAGAAAGGAAUCCAUCGUAUGGAGGCCAUGCUGUACGCACUGGACCAGAUCAACAGCGACCCCGAACUGCUUCCCAACAUCACGCUCGGGGCUCGGAUUCUCGACACGUGUUCUAGGGACACUUAUGCGCUAGAGCAGUCCCUCACGUUUGUCCAAGCGCUAAUUCAGAAAGACACAUCUGACAUUCGCUGCUCCAACGGUGAACUGCCAAUCAUACGCAAGCCAGAGCGCGUGGUGGGCGUGAUAGGGGCAUCGGGCAGCUCGGUGUCCAUCAUGGUGGCCAAUGUGCUGCGGUUGUUUGAGAUCCCCCAGAUCAGUUAUGCCUCCACAGCUCCUGAACUAAGCGACAAUAACCGCUACGACUUCUUCUCACGGGUGGUACCGCCAGACUCGUACCAGGCCCAAGCUAUGGUCGACAUCGUGAAGGCGCUGGGCUGGAACUACGUGUCCACUUUAGCAUCAGAGGGGAACUAUGGCGAAAGCGGCGUUGAUGCCUUCGUUCAGAUCUCUCGAGAGGCAGGAGGUCUGUGCAUCGCCCAGUCUUUGAAGAUCCCACGAGAGCCCAAACCCGGAGAGUUUGACAAGAUCAUUAGGCGAUUAAUGGAGACCCCCAACGCCCGAGGUGUCAUCAUUUUCGCCCAUGAGGAUGACAUCAAGCAGGUUUUGGAGGCAGCAAAAAAGUCAAAUUUGACCGGUCACUUUAAGUUUGUGGGAUCAGACAGCUGGGGGGCAAAGAGCUCUCCAAUCCUGGACCAGGAGGAGGUUGCAGAGGGUGCCGUCACCAUUCUGCCCAAAAGAGCAUCUGUUGAAGGAUUUGACCUGUACUUCACCUCUCGAUCCCUGGAGAACAACCGCAGAAAUAUCUGGUUCGCUGAAUUCUGGGAAGACGAUUUCAGGUGCAAGCUGACACGUCCCGGUAUCAAGAUCGACCCAGAGAAGAAGAAAUGCACAGGCGAGGAACGCAUCAACCGCGAUUCCCAUUACGAGCAGGAAGGAAAGGUCCAGUUUGUAAUCGAUGCAGUAUAUGCCAUGGCUCAUGCUUUACACAACAUGCACCAGGAUUUGUGCCCGGGAGCUACGGGCGUGUGCGAUAAGAUGGAUCCGGUGGAGGGACGGAUGCUGCUCAGUUACAUCCGCUCAGUAAACUUCAACGGUAGUGCCGGAACAGCGGUUCUGUUUAAUGAAAACGGCGAUGCUCCUGGACGUUACGACAUCUUUCAGUACCAGAUGACCAACACCACCAAUCCAGGAUACAGAGUCAUCGGCCAAUGGACCAAUAACCUGCGACUCGAUGUGGAGGACAUGCAGUGGGGCGAUGGAUCCCGUCAGAUCCCGGAUUCCGUGUGCAGUUUUCCCUGUUUUUCCGGCGAGAGGAAGAAGAUGGUGAAGGGUGUGCCCUGCUGCUGGCACUGUGAACUCUGCGAUGGCUAUCAGUACCAAGCCGACGAGUUGAACUGCGAGAUGUGUCCCUUCGACAUGCGUCCGACCCCCAAUCGCACGGCGUGCCGGCCCACCCCCAUCAUCAAACUAGAGUGGCAUUCGGCCUGGGCCAUCAUCCCUCUAUUCUUGGCCAUUCUGGGCAUCCUGGCCACGCUGUUCGUCAUCAUCACCUUUAUCCGCUUCAACGACACGCCUAUCGUGAGAGCCGCGGGACGCGAGCUCAGCUACGUGCUCCUGACGGGAAUCUUCCUCAUCUACCUCAUCACGUUCCUCAUGAUCGCGGAGCCUGAGACGGUGGUGUGUGCUUUCCGCAGGAUGCUACUGGGUCUGGGCAUGUCCAUUACGUACUCCGCCAUGCUCACCAAGACCAAUCGCAUUUAUCGCAUCUUCGAGCAGGGCAAAAAGUCUGUCACGCCGCCAAAAUUCAUCAGCCCCACAUCGCAACUUGUGAUUACCUUUGUACUGAUCUCAGUGCAGGUCGUGGGUGUUUUUGUCUGGUUCGGCGUGGUGCCCCCGCACACCAUCGUGGACUACGAAGAACUGCGGCCUCCCAAUCCAGAGCUGGCGCGUGGCAUCCUGAAGUGCGACAUGUCUGACCUGUCACUCAUCUGUUGUCUGAGCUACAGCAUCUUGCUGAUGGUCACCUGCACUGUCUAUGCCGUCAAGAGCAGGGGUGUGCCCGAGACCUUCAACGAAGCCAAGCCAAUCGGCUUUACCAUGUACACCACAUGCAUUGUUUGGCUGGCGUUUGUGCCUAUUUUCUUUGGCACGGCACAGUCCACAGAAAAGAUGUUCAUCCAGACGACGACACUGACCGUGUCCAUGAGUCUCAGUGCCUCCGUGUCUCUGGGGAUGCUCUACAUACCUAAAGUCUACGUCAUCGUCUUACACCCGGAGCAGAACGUGCAGAAACGCAAGCGCAGCUUCAAGGCCGUCGUCCAAGCCGCCACCAUGUCCUCGCGGCUCUCGCAGAAAUCCCUCAAUGACAAGCAGAACGGAGAGACCAAGAUCGAGCCAGACAGGACUCAGUAGCAGGUGACCCUUGGAACAGCUGUUUACUUUCAAAACACAGAGGAACUGAAUCAAAGGGAGCGUUUUGCUGGGUUGUGUUUUGUUUGUUCCAGGUGAGGAUGGUAAGAAAGGCAACAUGCUGUGAAAAACACAUUGCAAACGCUGCGAACAUAAAAUAAUUCAUCGAGCAUCUUUGUUUAACACUUGAAAUACUUCAUAGAUAUAAUGUGUCCAGAAGCCUUUCUCAUACAGGGGAUUUUUUCCGAUAGCACAGUCAUAUGUCAUAUGAAUUAAUAUCUCUUUUUCUCUUAAUAUCUCUUUUUCUUGAUUUUUUUUCAGUUUUUUGUGUAUGGUUUAUUUAUUAUGUUACUAUAGUAUGAGAUGUUUACAACUUGCGCAGUUGUUGACCUUAGCACCCCAAGGAAAGUUUUGAUAAAUAUACUGAAGACAAACAGACCCUCUCUUAUAACCAUAUGGCAAAGUCACAACUUUUUUAGCUCAAACUUUCUCAUAAUUCACAAUUUUAUUACAAACUCAGAUUAUUUUAGACACUUGAUUCAGCUGUGUUUUUAAUAGCCUGUGUAUCUUAUAUAUCUAAUAUUUAAUUGCAUUGUUAUAACUGCACAUUAUCUAUGAGCUCUUUUUCAGACAAUAUGUUACUGUAUCAAAAUCUGAAAAAUGUUCAGUACGGCAUCCAGAAUGCGCUGAGGGAAUACAUGAAAACUGCUUUGCUUUGUAAAUAGAAGAAUUUAAAAGAAGAAAAAGACUUUGUAAGCUAUGAUUUUGUGUGUUCCAGGUACUUUGUGUUUGACAGUUUGCAUGGGAAGCUAUGAAGUCUUAUUGUGUUACGUGUGUAACAUGAUUGCUGUAUGUAUUACCACUUUACUUUAAUAAGGAUUUGACAUAUGUAUAUUUGUUUUUUAGAAGGUCCAUUCUGAGUUGGUGUUUAUCAAGGAAAUGUACUAAAAGCAUUGGAAGUGUCUG